ACAUAGUUUGUCUCAAUACACUUAUCAACCUUUAUAGUCAAGGAUUUUUCAAUAAAUUAAAUUUUUGGUAUUUGUUUGGGUAUCAUAACAAACUCACCAUGCUUUGGCCAAAGGACAUCUUGCUUUUCACAAUGGUUGUGAUGACACUGAUUUCAUCUUUAAAGGCUGGUCCUGGGGCUUUUUCUGAAACUGGUGCUGAUUAUGGAGCGGUCUCUGAAAACACAAUCCGUUUUGGCAAACUUUUAAUAGGUGCUGAAGAGCGGUUCCACCUUGCUGAAGCUAAGCUGCAUCGUUUGGGUCCUUCUGUGCAAUGUGGAAGUGAUUCAAUGACCUUGCGCAUUCCAGGGGCAAUAAGAACUCCACACUUUCUGGUUGAUCGAGGAGAUCAGUCAAUAGUGCCUCUGUCUGAGAUGCCAGCCAGCUGUGGUUUCUCUCUGAAGCGGGCACGCAGAGAUGUUUCUCUUGUUGCUCCAUACCAGGGCUGUCAUGUCCGACUACAGGACGGAAGUUAUGUUCUGCCACUGCUUGUAUUGGGGGCUCCGGUGCAAAUGUCUUGCCCUGCAAGUAAUUUCAUCCCUACAGUGUCCUGCUUUCCCUCUUUCAUGUCGAUCUCACUUGGUGUCGGAGUAGAUGAUGAUAAAGUUAAAGUUAAAGUUGAUGGAUCAUGGCAGCCUUUGCGUUUAACACCUCCCAAAUGCUCAUUCACACUGGAGACUGUUGAUGGUUCACUGGUUAUCACGGCACCAUUUGGAAGCUGUUUGGAAGUGAAGGAUGCUGAAAUGCAGCUCCCUCUGAUGUACGGUGACCGGGAAGUGACUCUUUCUUGUCCUGUGACUCCAAUGCCGGCCCCGUUUAGAAAACCCUGUGGUUCCGCAGCAAAACGGCCCAGGUACCAGAUGUUUCCUCCCUAUAUAUACCACUCCAAGAGCCCAGCUGAAGCAACAACGACACCUUCCACAACCACCGCUGCUCAGUUUGAGCAGUUUGCAGGUUAUCCUCCAAUGUACCCAAGGUUCUAUGGGCGUCAAUCCUUCAAGCCUUUUGUUCCUGCUGGUAAAAUAUAUCGCUUCAUGCCCUAGCAUCCUCAAGAUCCAGGAUUUUCUAGAUCUAAUUUUAUCAAAUAUUUACUGUAACAAGCAGGAAUAAAUGAGUGGUUGGAUCAUG